AUGUUCAGAAUUACUUCUCAAUUAUCAUUAUGUGAUGAAAAAGUCAUCGAUGAAGAUAUGUUAGAAAAAAUAUUUUCUACUUUUCAUGUCUCUAACAUGCUCCUGCAGCAGCAAUAUCGAGAGAAGGGAUUUAAAAAAUAUUCUGAACUCAUUGCAUGUCUUCUCUUGGCUGAACAAAAUAAUGAAUUAUUGCUGAAAAAUCAUGAGUCCCGACCGACUGGUACAAGUCCAUUCCCUGAAGCGAAUGCGACUCAAUUUCAAAAUUCUGGUCGAGGUCGUGGAUGUGGUCGUAGAAGUAGCCGUGGAGGAGGCCGUGGCCAUAGACGUGAUCGCAAUAGAUUUGUGACCCGUGAAAAUUAUAACCGUGACAAACAACAAAAUAUUCCCCAAAAGAGGAAUCAUAACUACGAUCAGAAUAAUGAAGAAAAGAAAGUUUAUGAAGAAAAAUGCUAUCGGUGUGGUAUGGAAGGUCAUUGGUCCCGUACCUGUCGUACGGCUGACCACCUUGUUGACCUUUAUCAAGCAUCUUUGAAAAAGAAAGACAAAAAUGUCAAGACAAAUUUUAUCGACCAAAAGAAUGAUUAUGAUGAUACUGAUGAUGCUGAUAUGACACAUCUCGAUGUAGCUGAUUUCCUUGAACAUCCCAAAGAUGUCAACAAAUAUCCUAUGAUUGUUUAG